AUGGUUAUCGAAUACGAAAAUGGUUUUGUAUUAAAUAGAACAUCAACCGACGACGGAGUUAUCGACAGCAGCGAUAUUUCGUCUGAUUACGAUGAAGAAGAGUCUAUUAUUAAUCAUGUAAAUCGUCAUCUGGAGCUCAUAACGCGUGACCAAGAUGGAAACUAUGUUGAUGUGCCCCUGGAUCUUCAUACUAGUUUCGUUAAAAAUGGUCGAUUCAAUGCUGACCUUUUCCCUGGAUCAAAACUCGAAAUGAUUAAGUGGUCUUAUGAAGAAGUUCAUCGUCAUGAGGGUGGUGACUAUCCAAUUAGGCUUGAAGUUAAUGAUGACGGGUUUUUACUUUACUAUUUGUACAAAUGUGUUUCAUUGACAAAAGAAUGGAAUUCAUGGCUUCAAAAAAGCAUCAACUAUCCCUCUUUCUUUAAAUUCUACUCAUUUCCUGACAGAAACAUUGCUGAAGAAUAUUUGAGAUCAGCUAACAAUGAAGGGGCUCCUAGGAAUCGCGUUGGAGGUUCACCACCAAGUAAACUUGGUUUAGCUGAACCGACUGAAUAUAUACUUUCGGGUAUUCCUACGAUGAUGACAGACAAAACCUCAAACGAAUGUAUUCGUCCGUUAUUCUAUAAUUUACCCCGGGAACAAAUUGAUGAUUUUCGCAGAAUGGCUGAAGAUUAUGAAACAUCCUUGUUGGACUAUGACAUUGAACAUCUAGAAUACUCUAAAUUCAGGUAUCCAUUCAUUCCAAACAGUAAUACAAAUGUUAUUAAAAUUUUUGAAAAAAUUAUGGUAUUAAAAAAUGAUGAUGAAAAACUAGUUGAAUUUGAGGUGGACAUUUUUACUAAAAUUAUCAAAAUUUGCACCCUCAAGAAUGAUUAUGAAUUUAAUUAUUCUGAACUCGAAAAUGGAGAAACACCAACAAGGAGAACGAUUGAGAUAGUACAGAAUCAUAACAAUAUGGAAUAUCGACAAUCAUGUAUAAGGGGUAAUGACAGGAUUACUAGAAUAUGGGAAGAAGUAAUAAGUCUGUAUAACAGAAGAAGAUAA